UGAAACACUAAUUUCACUGGGUUACUUGAGGUCUUCUAAGCGACAUUGCCAAAUUAUCACGACUGUCACCAAUCACCAAGCUAAUUGUUUAUGUGUCACAUUCGUGUUUGAUCUGACGUUUACACUUAGUAAUUGCUUAGAGCCCCAAAAAAUGGGGCCCCAGCCGGAAAUUGACGAGUUGUUCGAGGUGAAGAACUUCUUCUACACUGGCAACUACCAGCAGUGCAUCAACGAGGCUGCCAAGAUCCGCAAGCCGUCCACCCCUGAAAUCGCGACGCUUCGGGACAUUUUCACUUAUCGCUCCUACAUUGCCCAGAAUAAGUUCUUGGUAGUUCUGGAUGAAAUUCAGAUAGCCUCCGCCCCGGAAAUUUAUCCCUUGAAAAUGCUGGCUGAGUAUCUGCAUUCCAAGUCAAAUAGAACUGCUGUUCUGGAGCAGAUUGCCGUUAAGGUUGACACUGUAGCUGGCAAUGAGACCUUAGUUCUGGUGGCAGCCACAAUAUACAUUCAAGAAGGCAACCUGGAUGCGGCCUAUCGAUAUUUACAUUCUUCCGAAAGCCUCGAGGCUCUGGCCUUUAUGGUGCACAUCCUGCUGGCCUUGGAUCGAGUCGACCUUGCCUUAAAGAAGCUGAAGGAAAUGCAGGAGAAGGAUGACGAUGCCACGUUGACUCAGCUGGCGCAAGCCUGGAUCCACACUGCAUUGGGUGGCGAUAAGCUGCAGGACGCCUACUAUAUCUACCAGGAGCUGGUGGAUAAAUUCGGGGCUACUCCCUUGCUGUUGAAUGGCCAAGCCGUUACUUUCAUAGGGCAAGGAAAGUACGAGGAGGCCGAUGCCGCCCUACAGGAGGCUUUGGACAAGGAUUCCAAUAACGCAGAGAUCCUCAUCAACAUGAUUGCCUUGCAAAAGCAUCUGGAUAAAGGCCCUGAGAUGAGCAAUCGCUAUCUGUCUCAAUUGAGGGACGCCCAUCCAGAGCAUCCAUUUAUCAGGGACCUGAAGCAAAAGGAAACGGACUUUGAGAAAAUAUGCCAACAGUAUGGCCCAACCAACCCUGUUGUAGCUUAAUUUUUUGUCUAAUAAAUAUUUGUAUGCUGU